GUGUGCAGACAAUAAAAACGCCAAUCCAGGAACUGAAGCUCUAAACAGUCGAACCAGGAUGCAGCUAAGGCCCAAAAUGAUAAGACACUGUCGCCAUUUCCCCAUGUUGCUGGAUGUUCCUGACAAAUGUGGAGGAGCUUCUCAGUCUGCAGAAGUCUUCCUUCUACUGGUCAUUAAAAGCUCCCCUGUGAACUACGACCGCAGAGAGGUGCUGCGUAAAACCUGGGCUGAGGAAAGAGAACAAAACGGUGUGUGGAUCCGAAGGCUCUUUAUCUCAGGAACCAUGGAUUCUGGUAAAGAGAAGGAACGACUGAACAAACUGCUGGAACUGGAGCACAGUGAGCACAAUGACAUCCUCCAGUGGAACUUUAGUGACACUUUCUACAACCUGACCUUGAAGCAGAUCCUCUUCCUGGAAUGGAUGGAAAGAAACUGCCCAAACGCGCGUUUCCUGUUAAAUGGUGAUGAUGACGUCUUUGCCAACACAGACAACAUGGUCCAGUAUCUUCAAGGCCUUGAAGACAAUGAUGGGAGUAAACAUCUGUUUACUGGCCAGCUAAAUGUGGGGAUGGUCCCUGUUAGAUCAUGGAGCAAGUAUUUUGUCCCAGUUCAGGUGCAUGAGGCAGAUGAGUUCCUCCCUUACUGUAGUGGUGGAGGCUUUCUCCUGUCUGGCUACACAGCGAUGGUCAUAUACAAUAUGUCCCAGUCCAUCACUCUUCUUCCCAUCGAUGAUGCUUACAUGGGUAUGUGUCUGAGUAAAGCAGGGCUGGAACCCAGUAACCAUGUGGGUGUGAGGGCUGCAGGACUGGACACUUCCUCCAACAACAUUGACAGACAUGAUCCUUGCGUUCAUAAAGAGCUUUUACUGGUUCACAAAUUCCCUACAUCUCAUUUGUAUCUUCUGUGGAACAGAAUACAUGACCCCAAGCUGAAAUGCUUUGUCAGCACCAAACUGUAAUUUGAGGAACAGGAAACAAGCACUUAAACCUAAAUACCAACAUGCAUGCACUACUUUCGGCUAUGCAAAUGUAUAAUGUAUAUGCUGCCAAAAUGCUAAUUAAGAUAUAUAUAUAUAUAGAGAGAGAGAGAGAGAGGGAGAGAGAAUAACAUUGGUUUCAUUUCAAAUUUAAAAUGGUUUCUGGCAUAAAACUGUUUAGCACAGUAAGUUGCUGUAUUUUUCUGUAUAAUUGAAUUGUUGAUAAUUUGUGCAGCGAAACUGUUAAAGGCAAAACAGAACAGAAUUUCAAUUUUAUUCAAAAUAUUGCAUGUUCCUUAACUUUUAAAUGCAAACUGCAAUCAUACGUAGCUCUGACUAAUUAGUUUAUACUUAAAUUCAAAUUAAAAUGUUCUGUACGGUUUUUGAAAUAAUCACAAUUUCUCAUGAUAGACUAUAACUUAAUUAUUUGCUGAAUUAUUGGAAACAGAUUACACAAACUAGCACAAGUACAAAAUACUGUGACACAUCUUUUUGAGACGACAUUAGGGGAUCAACUAUGGAACAAAAGCAAUGAUAACAGUGCCUGAAUACAGUAGAUCAGUGACAGCUGUGACCUGCUAUGAACCUGCGCUUCUGUACUUAGGAAAACUGUAAUACACCGUGACAGUCAGUACUGCGUGUACCCCAGCUGAAUGUCUUAAAAACAUAUCUAGCACUGUAUGUUCACUGCUUUAAAUCCCACACAUCUAUUCUAAUAGUAGUAAAAGGUGAAAACAAAAGCUUCAACAGCAGCACAGUUUAGUCAGUGUUGUGUGAAUGACGUCAUCCACGACGCUCAAUCAGAAAAUUCCACACUUUGGCUGAACACAUCCUAUUAAUAAACAACUGAAUGCUGUAAAGCUUUAAGUCUCUCAGAAGUCUACAGCAUCCGGCUGUGUUGAAACGCAUUACAAUAGUUGUGUUCCAGAAAAGAUGCAUACUGUAGGAUGUCAAUGUUGCUGUUUUCAAAAUAAUUUAGAAAUUAAAAUGCUAUUGAAUGGCCACUGCCUUAACCAUGAAAUACAAUUUCUGUUUUCAUAAAACAAUUACCAACUUUUCUAAUACAAUAGCGUUCAGUACCAUUUGCUCUCGUCUUUGGCUUGUGCAACAACUUCUAUAACUCCCCUUCAGCCGUUCAGGUUCCCUGUUGCUGUGGCUUCUCAGCUUUUAUAUCCUAGUUCCACAUCACUGUAUUAACCACUCCAGCUUUCCACUGCCCCCUAAUUGGUUUAAAUAGUUCUGGGAUCAAAUCACCGUCAUGGAAUUCAAACAGUGCGAGGAUGCAUUAUGCCAGAAACCUUUCCCCACCUGGUCUGGCCAACUA